AUGAUUGCUAUCGGAAUGGAAGGCUCGGCUAACAAGAUUGCCGUCGGCAUUAUGCUACAUCCCGACGAUGGCAGCGCGCCGCAAAUCCUCGCCAACGUUCGACACACUUAUGUUUCCCCGCCAGGCGAGGGUUUCUUACCCAAGGAUGUCGCGCGCCACCACCGGGCAUGGGUUGUGAAGCUGGUGAAAGAUGCCCUGAAAGAGGCACGUAUUAAAGUAGCGGAUGUCAGCUGCAUCUGCUUCACCAAGGGUCCUGGCAUGGGUGCCCCACUACAGAGUGUGGUGAUGGCGGCACGAAUGAUGAGUCUGCUUUGGGAUAAGCCCUUGGUUGGAGUGAACCAUUGUGUUGGACAUAUCGAAAUGGGCCGCCUCAUUACUGGCGCCGAGAACCCCGUCGUCCUUUACGUUUCCGGCGGUAACACACAGGUUAUCGCAUACAGUUCCAAAAGAUACCGCAUCUUCGGCGAGACACUUGAUAUUGCCGUCGGAAACUGCUUGGACCGUUUCGCGCGCACACUAUACAUUCCCAAUGACCCAUUCCCGGGGUACAAUAUUGAACAGCUAGCCAAGAAAGGAAGCCGAUUAGUUGAGCUCCCAUACAUUGUGAAGGGUAUGGACUGUUCGUUCUCGGGAAUUCUGGCUGCAGUCGAUGCACUCGCUGUGUCUCUAGGAUUGAGCGGCGAGGAACAGGCGAGACUGGAUGAUGAACGAAUUGAAAAAGAACAAGGCAAUCAAGACCCCGAUGCCAAGCCUACUCGCGCGGAUUUAUGCUUCUCGCUUCAGGAGACGGUAUACGCGAUGCUCGUCGAAAUUACUGAGCGCGCGAUGGCCCACGUGGGGUCCAAGCAGGUGCUCAUCGUUGGUGGAGUCGGAUCCAACGAGCGGUUGCAACAAAUGAUGGGUAUCAUGGCGCGAGAUCGGGGUGGCUCUGUCUUUGCCACAGACGAACGGUAUUGCAUUGAUAAUGGUGUUAUGAUUGCCCAAGCGGGUAUGGAAGCUUACAAGACAGGCUUCCGGACCCCGCUGAAGGAGUCCACUUGCACACAGCGGUUCCGUACAGAUGAAGUGUUCGUGGAUUGGCGAGACUAA